AUGGCAAAAGCGCCUGCUAGUUUAGGAUUGUCGUGUGCAGCCACACGCCGCCAUUUGAUCUGCGAAAAGUGUGGCGCAGGAAUGGAUUCAACUGGUGGGGAUCUCAUUUGCGGCGUGUGCAAAAAACUUUGUGAGGACGAGGAUUUAGAAGACGACAGUGUCGUCCGCGAUGCUUCCACGCGUAAACAGAUCUUCGUCGGCGGCAUUCCAGCAAGGACGAAUUGUAAGCAGUUGAGGGAUCACUUUUCACGCUACGGUACUGUGAAGAACUGCUUCGUUUCACCCCACAAACCAUUCGGCUCCGUUACAUUUGAAAGUGAGGAGUCGGCUCGCAAAGCCAUUUCCAAACCCAUACAAUUUGUCUGCGGAAAAAGGGUUGAGGUGAAAGAGUAUGCUGCCAAGAAGAAACACGGUGCCUCUAAGCCUCAGUCGACGGAGGAUUCGACAAAUGAGUCGAAGACAAAAUCGCCUUCGCUACCUUCACAUUCACCUUCAACUGCAUCAAACGCGGUACCCACAUCACCUGCAGAGGAGCGACAAAGGUACAUCCUGAUGCUGCACGCCAAGUUGGAUGACCUACCUCGUCAAUUGGCCGCCUUGAAGUUGAAAUCACCAACGUUGAAGAUGGAAAAGAAGGCAAAGGAUGAGAUGAUUGAUGCCUUGGAUAAAGCGGUGCUGCAGCUGUACUUGGCGGCGAACACAGCCCUGGAUACUACCAUGGCGAAAGUGGAGACGAUGGUUGAGGCAGGCGAAGAGAUAAUAGGCCCACUCGUGGGACGGAUGAGAGGCCUCUUAGUUGAGGUGGGCAAGAUUGAAGAUGUGUACGCAAGGCUGGAUGAAAUCACAAAUUUGCGAGAAGCGAUGGUGAAGCAGAAUUCGUUGGAAAAUCUCUCGGAUGAAGUUGCACGGCUGGGGGAGAUGGUGACGAGGCUACCACCUCUACCUAUAACACAGAUGCAUCUCUCUGAUCUAUUAACCACGGCGAGAAGAGUCUAUUGGAGGUGGGUUCCGUUUUCAUCAAUUCAAGUGACAGUGACAACUCCUUUGACAACUCAUGACGUUGAUCUGUUUGACUCCGAUUUUCUUGACGAUGCAUCCUCCCGCUGCAAGACGGGAAGUGACGAUGACGAGGAAUCCGGUUUUCGUCCUUGUAACUUCUAA